AGCCCAAUGGCGAAGGAUAAGCAUGGGGGCAGGCCAAGGAGGGCGGACUAGUGAAUUAUAUAAGAGUCUUGGCCAUCUAGAGGUGCAGCCAGGAAUACAGUGACAGCAGAACUCCACCCUGGAAGUGGCAAGGGCUGAGGCAGGGUCAGGGAAAGUGUGUUGCAAGUUGGAUCCUGGUUGGAACCCACCCAACUGCACUGUUUACAUCCCCCGUGACUAAGAGCGGAAUAGAAAAGGUGCCAAUGAAGCUGCUAAUGGCAGUGAUCCUGAUAUUGGGCCUGAUGGUGAUGGUCGCUGGCCGGUUACCAAAGAAUGAGGAUAGGAUGUGUGUCUACCGGAAGCUGUCCCAGAGGGAUGCUUUAUUCUGCAAGGGCAACCUCAAGGUGAUCUACCCUGAGAUAGGGGACGUUGGCUGCAUGUAUGUCCCUGAGUGCAAUGGUUUCAGGCAGAAGAUUGGCAGUUGGGGCAAACCUUCCAUCAAAUACUCCCAGGCUCAUGAGAAUAAGAAGUACAUAUUGAUGAUGGUUGAUCCAGAUGCCCCCAGCAGGAAUAAUCCAAAAAAUCGCUACUGGAGACACUGGCUGAUAGUUAACAUCGGUGGUGAUGGCCUCAAGACUGGAAACAUAAGUGGCCAUGAGCUGACUGGCUACCAGCCUCCCAGCCCACCGCCACAGACUGGCUUCCAUCGAUAUCAGUUCAUCCUGUUUGAGCAGCCAGAAAAAGGAAAACCGAUCACCCUGAGCUCCGAGGAAAAGGCUAAGAGAGGUUCCUGGUCUAUCAGUGACUUCAUAAAGCAUUUCCACCUGGGCUCUCCUGUGGCUGCCAACCAGUUCCUCACCCAGAACUAUCACGAUUUUUAGCUAGACCUACAAGCGCCUGGAGAAAGUGUCGAAUGACCAGAGACAGAAUCAGGCUUGGUUUGCUCCUUUCCAAGCUCUCUGUCAAAGGUACCAGCCCUCUGUCCAAUCACCCUUUCUCCCUGCAAGGUCAUCUCAAGCUUGGAGAAGAACUUCAGGCUGUGGCCUCCGUGUUUGGUAUCCCUUUCGCACUCCACAAAAAAAGAAUAAAAUAAAAUAAAAAUAACAUCUUCA